UGCUGUCAAAAUCCAGCUGAUACAAAGUUUUGUGAUGUUGUUGUAAACAAUCAGUGCUUUACCGUAAAAUCCUAAGAAAUUUGAAGCAUUAUCAUUAGUUAAUUCAUUACCGCUAUCAGUGAUUGAACCUCGUGCAAUGGAGAAAAUUAAUUUGAAUCUUUCGACGCGGACGAAAGUCAGCAUCCUCGAUAAACCGCUGAGCCGUGGAAAGGGGGAAGUUUCACUGAGCUGCUAUGCGCUGCUCUUCUCCGAGGUGGUUCAGUAUUCGCAAAGUCGAGUAAACACCAUUCCAGAUCUGCAGAUUAAAUUACACGAUCUUGGGAAAGAUGUUGGAUGUAGAAUAAUCGAUUUGUAUUUUGUUAGGGAGCGUAACUCUAAGCGAGAAACUAAACUAAUUAAUAUGCUGUUAUUCAUAAAGACGACGCUCUGGAAGACUUUGUUCGGAAAGGAUGCGGACAAACUGGAGCAUGCAACCGAUGACGAGUGCACGUACUAUAUCAUCGAGAAGGAGCCACUGGUUAAUAAAUUUAUCAGCGUUCCGAAAGAUAAGGGUUCGCUGAAUUGUGCCGUCUUCGUGGCCGGCAUCAUUCAGGCGGUACUAUCAAACUGUGGCUUUACCUGUCAAGUAUCGGCUCACUGGCACAAAGGAACCACCUACAUGGUCAAAUUCGAAGAUCACGUUAUCAGCCGAGACAAACAGUUGGAGGAAAAAUAAACAAUUUAUUACAUUACCAUUUAA